AGUCUCUAUAAUCUAUAUAUAUAUACAUAACCACCCUUAAACCAAAGAAAUUAAACCAUAAACCUGUGAGUUUGAUCAAACUUUUCAAAACAUGAAACCUUCUACGAACAUCGCAGCAACCCCUCGCCCUACUCCAGCUCCCCUUCAGGUGGUCCCCGCCGCCUGCACCGGCACGCUGGGCCGACACCUUGCCCGAAGACUAGUCGAGAUCGGCGUUCAUGACGUGUUCUCAGUCCCCGGAGACUUCAACUUGACACUGUUGGACCACUUGGUCGAUGAACCCGAGCUCAACCUCAUCGGCUGCUGCAACGAGCUCAACGCCGGGUACGCCGCCGACGGCUACGCCCGCGCCAGGGGCGUCGGCGCGUGUGUCGUCACUUUCACUGUAGGUGGGCUCAGCGUCUUGAACGCCAUCGCCGGUGCUUGCAGUGAGAAUUUGCCGGUGAUUUGUAUCGUUGGUGGGCCCAACUCCAAUGAUUACGGCACCAAUCGGAUCCUCCACCAUACUAUCGGGUUGCCCGAUUUUUCUCAGGAGCUCCGCUGCUUCCAAACUGUGACUUGUCACCAGGCAGUGGUGAAUCAAUUGGAAGAUGCGCAUGAGCUUAUAGACACGGCGAUUUCGACGGCAUUGAAGGAGAGCAAGCCGGUUUACAUCAGCAUAGGUUGUAACUUGCCUGCAAUUCCUCACCCCACAUUUGGUAGAGACCCUGUUCCCUUCUUUCUUGCGCCGAAAGUAAGCAAUUCAUUAGGGUUGGAGGCAGCUGUUGAAGCAACUGCUGCUUUCCUGAACAAGGCAGUCAAGCCUGUGCUUGUGGGAGGUCCCAAGCUUAGAGUGGCAAAGGCUCAGAAGGCCUUUGUGGAGCUUGCUGAUGCUGGUGGGUACCCGGUUGCGGUUAUGCCCUCCGGUAAGGGUUUGGUGCCGGAGCACCACCCACAUUUCAUUGGGACUUAUUGGGGUGCUGUGAGUACUGGUUUUUGUGGGGAGAUUGUGGAGUCUGCAGAUGCUUAUGUUUUUGUAGGCCCGAUUUUUAAUGAUUAUAGCUCUGUUGGGUACUCCUUGCUGAUCAAGAAGGAGAAGGCGAUUAUAGUGGAGCCUAAUCGUGUGACCAUUGGGAAUGGUCUAUCAUUUGGCUGGGUUUUCAUGGGUGACUUCUUGAGUGCAUUGGCCAAGAAGCUGAACAAAAACAGUACCGGUAUGGAGAAUUACCGCAGAAUUUAUGUUCCCCCAGGAAUCCCUCUGAAAGCUCAGAAAGAUGAACCUCUUAGAGUAAAUGUUCUGUUUAAGCACAUUCAGGAUAUUGUCACUCAGGACACUGCCAUAAUUGCCGAAACUGGUGACUCGUGGUUCAACUGUCAGAAGCUCCGCCUCCCUGAGAAUUGUGGGUAUGAAUUCCAGAUGCAAUAUGGAUCUAUUGGAUGGUCAGUUGGUGCUACUCUCGGCUAUGCUCAAGGUGUCAAAGAUAAACGUGUGAUAGCUUGCAUUGGUGAUGGGAGUUUCCAGGUAACUGCCCAGGACAUUUCAACAAUGAUCCGUUGCGGACAAAAUACCAUCAUAUUUCUUAUCAACAAUGGAGGCUAUUCAAUUGAAGUAGAGAUUCAUGAUGGCCCAUACAAUGUCAUUAAGAACUGGGAUUAUACUGGUCUUGUUGAUGCGAUCCACAAUGAUGAAGGCAAAUGCUGGACUACCAAGGUACGUACAGAGGAGGACUUAACUGAAGCAAUUGUGAAAGCAACCGGGCAGCACAAGGACAGUUUAUGCUUCAUUGAAGUUUUUGUGCACAAAGAUGACACUAGCAAAGAGCUACUGGAAUGGGGAUCCCGAGUUUCAGCUGCUAAUAGCCGACCUCCAAAUCCUCAGUAGCGGAUUGAAGCUGAAAGAGUCAGAGUUGGAAGCUCUGAAUUUUGAAACUGAGAAGAUGUAGUGUACAACAAACUAGUAAACAGCCAGACAGGGCAGCAGGGACGACAUCUUAACAAUUAGCUCCAUUC